AUGCUUGAUGCCAAGAUCACAGGAGCCACUAAGGGCAAGCAUAAGUCAAUGGCAUACAAGUCAUUCAGUGGUGACAUGGAGGACAAGUUCCACUUGACCAUACAUGGCUGGCCACUAGACACUAUCACAAAUCCCUCGGAUAUCAAGAAUGUGCCCCAGCUUGCCAAGGUCCAUGAAGCACUCAAGGAUGGCAAGUGCUUCUUCCACAAGAUGACUGCGGCUGAGCUCCAGUGCUGA